CGUUGACGACACGCGCGCCGCCAACGAUGCCGCCGAAGACGAUCGCCAAGGGCAAGGGCAAGGGCAAGGCCGUCAAGGCCAAGACGGCGGCUCCCAACGGCGCGGCCGGCGCCUCGCCCAAGGAGGCCACUGAGGCGCUCAAGUGGCUGAUGAUGAUGGGUGCCGGCGAGGAGGCCGUCGCGCACCGAGUUGCCGCCAUCAUGACGGGCAAGACGUCCACGGCCAAGAUCGACGUCGGCCGUCUCGCGAUGAGCGCGCUGCGCCUCGUGUGCGUCAUGCCCGACGACAUCGACCAGAUCAAAGCGAAGGUCGCCCAGAACGCCAACGUCGAAGUGCAGGAGAAGCUGGCGGUCGUCGCGGGCGUGGCGCGGUCGCUCGGGCCGGCGGCUUUCAUCAAGCUCAUCCCAACCCAGAACGACCUCCACCGCCACGUCGCCGUCCUGCUGCCGCAAUACGACUCGAAGUACACCUACACGCAGGGCGACGCCUCGUCGUCGCUCAAGGGCCCCGACGGCCUCAAGUGGAAGACGCGGCGCACGCCCGACGAAGACAACGACCCGCGCUUCCCCGACUUCUGGUGAGCGCACACGGCCGUGACUACCAUUCGCGUCAAGGCCUCGCCGGUCGCUCCGAGUCGCGAGUGCACUGUCGCAAGUCGUCGUGCUCGCGAGCGCUUCGCUGCGAGUGCGGCCGUCUGGCUGCUGGAUGCUGGCGUGGACCAGCUCCAGCUCGGCGGCUCGGCGCACGGGUCCACAAUCCACGAGGCACACACAUGCGAUGGGCAAAUUCAGGGACAGGGUGCGGACUGCGAGGCGCGAGUGCUGAGUGAGACGCGCGGGGCCCCGCCCAAGGCGCCCUGCCCCCCGCACCGCAGACGCGACACGCGAGACGGCCCGGUCAGCGCCGCCGGCGCCGCCGCGGCGCGGGGACGCGGGUGCGGUUCGCUCGUGUCGUCGAGACACACGGAGAGUCGUGGGGCACGGCGCCACGCGCCACGGAGAAAGUUCAUGCGCAGUUGCGUCGCGGUACGACGUUCACGCACGAUCACAUAUCACAACUAUAAGUUUUAA